AUGGCUCUUUCUGGCAGGCGAGUUAGAAAUGGAGAUGGCCUGGUGGAAGCAUGGCCAGCUCGGCUCCUGGAGAAGGCUCUGACCAGUGCCCAGUGUGCGGACGAGGACCACUUACAACACAGGGUUUAUCUGCUCUGCGAAGCUGCUGCAGACUGCAAGGGGGAGCUGAGUUCUUCACUAAACAAGCUGAAGCAGAAGCUCAACAUCAUUGACAAAGUGUCUCUCAAUAAUCAACACAUUUCUAAAUACAACCAGGCUGUGGCAGGACUCGCAGAGGAACAAAUAAAAAAGGAUUUUGCGCAGCUCCAUCAAUGGCUACAGAAGGAGGAAGAAAACAAAUUGCAUCUAUUGAAACAAGACAAAGACAAAAAGAUGAAAGAAUUACACGAGCAAAUGGAACUCAGGCAGGAGAUGGUGAUGUCGCUGGAGGAGAGGAUCCGUCUGACAGAAGGAGAGCUGCGCACAGGCGGAGAUGGGGUCCAGUUUUUAAUGGAUUAUAAAGUGCCCAGCAAAAUACAAUGUGCUGAUGAGAAAAAGCCAAAGAUGAAUUUUCUUAUAAAUGUGGCAAAAUAUCUGGGAAAUCUAAAAUUCUCAAUAUGGCACAAGAUGAAACAGAGCGCCCUCUACUCUCCUGUGACUUUAGACCCCAGAACAGCAGGACAGAACCUGACGCUGCCUUUUCCUCUGAUCACGGCACAUUUUUCACCUGCUGCGAAGGAACCAAAGCCUCCGUGUGUCCCGGACCAUCCAGAAGGCUUUCAGCCCCAGUCCUCUGUCCUGUCCAGAGAAGGCUUCAGCUCAGGACUGCACUGCUGGGACAUUCAGGUGGGUAACUGCAAUAACUGGACCGUGGGUGUGGCCUCCCAGGACAUAGAGAGGCGAGUCCAGUCUGAAGCGUGCCCUGAAACCGGACUGUGGUGCAUCAGUUUGAGAGACGGCCGGUUGUCUGCCCUCACCACGCCCCCCCACGCUCUGCCCUACAGCUCCUCCUGCCCACUGGAGAAGAUCCACGUCACACUGGACUGGGACAGCGGCAGCCUGGAGUUCCACAACGCAGGAACAGACACGAGAAUUUUCACAUUCACACAUCGCUUCACGGAGACGGUUUACCCAUAUUUUGAGACAACGUCCAACACCGGAGACCUCUCUGUGGUGCCGAGAGAAGUCAGUGUCAGCGUGGCUUUGGAGGGCGAGAUUGCUGAGGAUUUGGUCUCCGAAAAUUGUGAAAUAGUGAGCUCUCAGACAGUAAUCCAAGGGAAGAGCAAGAAAACUAAGAAGCGUAUUUUAAAACCUGGCCUUGUCAAAACACAGCCAGCCAAGACAGCCCAGAAAGUGCAGCUCUGUGAGGAGUACCAUGUGUCGCUGUUCAGGUUACAAAAGAGCAAUGACUCCUGCAAUCAGAUAAAACAUGGAUGA